GACAUGUAUGUACUCAUCCUUACAGUAUUAUUUCCAGAAUGUGACAGUACACAGUAAUUUAUUGGAUAAUUAAUGUAAGUAUUUAAUUAAAGACAUCAAUAAUGUGAAUGUGCUUUCUGCCAGCUUCAGACCCUGGGGACAUUUUCCACCUAAUAUUAAAUCUGGUUCCCAAUUACCUAAUCAACAGAGAGGGAGAGUGAGAGAAAGAGGAGAGGGCGACAUCAGAAAAGGGGACUGGAAUGUGUUUCAUUGAAUAUAUGCAACUGCUUCAUGUUAGGUGUUGAGUGGGAGUUUCUGGAGUUCAGUGAGAAGCCUGAGAACUACUUCAAAAGAGUGAAAUUGUAUUGACAAUCUGCCAAAUGGAUAAGAGGAAGAAAGGAUCUUCUAUGGAAUUGAGGCUUAUGGUGGUUGGUAGCAGUGGAUCCUCUCAGUUAUUACUAACCAAUGCAAUUCUUGGGAGGGAGGAGUUUUCUAAGGAUGUUAUCAGCAUUUCUGACAGCAGGAAGAAUGUUGGAGAACUGGCUGGUAGACGAAUGGCUGUGAUCAAUGGUCCAAACAUCUAUGAAAAGGAUAUAUCUCAAGUCAAGAGGAAGAUGGAGCUGAGAAGGUCUAAGUGCUUAUGUAUCCCCGGUCCCCAUGCCUUUCUUGUUGCCUUUGACAUGGAGAAAAUCUCCCCAAAUGAUAUAAGAACACCCAAGCUGCUGAUGAGGCGUUUUGGAAGACACUGUCUGAGACACUGCAUGGUUCUCCUGGCCUGUGAAGGAAAUACGGAGGGAGCUGCCUUGGAAGACAGGGUGAAGAAGACUGACUGGCACCUGAGAGAACUGAUCGAGAAGUUUGGUGGACGCUUUCAUGUUUUCAGUAAGAACUGGAGAGAUCGCAGCCUUGACAGAGAGCUGCUGCAGAAGAUCGAGCGGAUGGUGGCCUCCUUAGGGGGGGGGCACUUCUCGAGCAGAACUUUCCAGAAAGCAGAGGUCAGCGUGAAGAAGGAGGAAAAGAAGCUUAGGAAGCAGAGGGCAGCAGAGAAUGAGAAGGUGUGGACUGACUUGGAGAAGCAUUACAUAUCGGAUGAGUUGUAUCACCACAAGGAUGCCUACGUCACCAAUGUUUCGGCAGAGAUCAGAGCCAAGGCAGAGAUGGACAACGGCUGGCUCAGAACUUCCCUGGCUAGAGGGUUGGGGACAGGUAUUGUUGUGGGAGCUGUCAUGGGUGCACUGGUUGGGUCUAUAGAAGGGCCAGGGGGGAUGAUUUUCUAUGGGAUCAUAGGUGGUGCAGUAGGUGGAUCAGCAGGAGGAACAGCCCAGGUGGCUAUAAAGCAUAUGGAAGACAGAGUGGCCCCAACUGCCAGAGUCAACUUCAACUCAAUCUUCAUCAAUCGCUUCUUUGCAGCUACUCGUCCAUGACUGCAUGACUUAUGUGUGACUUAUGACCUAUUUUUCAGGAAGGUAUCUAACUGUUGCUAUUGCUGCCGCUGUUGUAUAGCUAUCAAGCUGACUGGAUACCAGAUUAUAUAAGGAAAUGUAUAAUUCCCUUUAGGUAGAAGCACAAACUUUACCUCCUUACUCCUUUGUUCUGUACGAUAUGGUUAAUAUCACCUAUAUACUAUAGGUUACUACACUGUUCAGCUUAACAGCUCAAGCAGACAUACUGAUUUCCAAAAACA